AUGACUCCUGCUGCGCCCGUAAAUGGAUCAGUGCCUGCUUGCAGCCCAACGCUAAGACAGAGGCAUUGCGAAAGGCGCCGUCCACUGUCCCAGCCCUCAGGGCCCUCAGGAAGGAAAGUCAUCAGCUCAGAUGAUUCGUCAUUCCGGUGGUGCCGACGAGCUGUACUUGGUUUCGCUUCUUGGUUGGCGUUGCCAUCUAGGGCCUCUAGAGCACGCAGCCGCACCUCAGAGGUCGACAUACCUUUGUGGUGGGCAGCAGGAGGAUUCUGUUUGCAGUUUAGUUUGGACUCUGGCAGUGACAGCGGGCUCGGUGGCAAGCGAAGGAUCAAAGCCGUGGCAGACACUGGGUCACCGUUUCUUCUUCUGGCAAAAUGUUUGCGUCCUGACUGCCGAAGUUACUGCGCCGAGGUGGGCUGCUUUGAGGGGCAGGGUGCUCCGAGCGGCGAAGCUGACAGCGUGGAAGGCUACGCUUCCGGACUUGUCGAGGUUGCAUGGCGCAGAGGCGGCAGGCUGACAUUCCCCGAUGCGACAGAAGCUGUUGAGCUACCGGAGAUGAGAUUUGGGGUGCAGGGUCGCAUCAUCGGCUUCGGGGGAACUGGCAAAGCAGUCUUCUUGGGCCUUAUUCGUGACCACAUGUCAGAUGUCAAGACAUCAUUCCUGGAGCAAACGCCCUUUCAGAUCAGACAUUCCUGGCGACGAUACUUCGAAUCCGCAACGUGCCAUGAUCCCAGUGCUACUUGGAGUGUUCCCACCCUAGAUGCUCAACAUUGCUCAACAAAGGCGCUGAGCUGCAUCAGUGUCAGCUGA